AUGGCCCUGCUCCCGGGGCCCCUGCUGUGCAGGGCGCUGCUGGGCUGGGUCUGCCUGGCGGCCCCUGGGCGCGCGGUGGAGGUGCGGGUGCCCGCGGAGCCCCUGAGCGCCCCGAUGGGCAGGACGGCCGAGCUGACCUGCAUCUACAGCACGUCCGUGACCGACAGCUUCGCCCUGGAGUGGAGCUUCGUGCAGCCCGGGAAGCCCCUCUCUGCGUCCAUGCCCAUCCUGUACUUCACCGGCGGGCAGCUGUACCCCACCGGCUCUAAGGCGAAGCGGGCCAGCCUGCUUCAGAACCCGCCCACGGGGGGCGUGGCCACCCUGAAACUGGCCGACGUCCACCCCUCAGACACCGGGACCUACCUCUGCCAAGUCAACAACCCACCUGAUUUCUACACCAACGGCCUGGGGCUGGUCAACCUCACGGUGCUGGUGCCCCCCAGCGACCCCCGGUGCAGCCAGACUGGUGACACGUCUGUGGGGGGCUCUGCUGCCCUGAGCUGCAGUUCCUCCGAAGGAUUGCCCAGGCCCGUGUACAACUGGGUCCGCCUUGGAUCUCUUCCCACGCCUCCUCCUGGCAGCAUGGUGCAAGAUGAGGUGUCGGGCCAGCUCGUGCUCACCAACCUCUCCCGGGCCUCCUCGGGCACCUACCGCUGUGUGGCCUCCAACCAGAUGGGCAGUGCCUCCUGCGAACUGACCUUGUCUGUGACCGACCCUUCCAAAGGCCGCAUGGCCGGGGCGGUGAUCGGAGUGCUCCUGGCCGUGCUGGUCCUGUCGGUCUCCGUAUUCUGCUUCAUGAGGUUCCAGAAGGAGAGGAGGAAGAGGCCUAAGGAGACGUACGGGGGCAGUGACCUUCGAGAGGACGCCACCGCUCCCGGGAUUUCUGAGCAAACCUCUGGGAUGGCCGACCCUAGCGAUGGGCUCCUGGAGAAAGCCCCCUCCUCCAUCUCUGCGAAGACCAACAAGUCCAAGCUCCCUGUGGUUGUCUGA